GCUCGCCACUUUACUCUUCUACCACCAUCCAUCUACAUCCUAAUAUUGUAUAUUUGUGAAUCACCGUCUCACUAUCCUAACACAUAUAAUCAUUCAUAUCCCAAUCUGGAUUUAGCUAAUCCUUCAAGUUUCAAUUUGGACCAUCAGCCAUCAACUAAGCCUGAGGUUCAAACCGCUUCUCCUAACAUCGGAGGGGCAGCCGGGAUCACCAAAAGAGAACACCAUCCACCAGCACACUUCCGUCCGUCCUGCAUCAUAAAACAGCAAACCAGACUAAGCCAAGAUGAGCAGUGACAUUCUCCACCACGUCAACUCGCUCGCGGAGCUGCAAUCGCUCUUCGCGUCGACCACGUACGUCGCCGUGGACUUCUACGCGGACUGGUGCGGGCCGUGCAAGGCCAUCGCGCCGCACUACGAGGCCCUCGCCAAGCAGCACUCGGCGCCGGGCGUCCUGGCCUUCGCCAAGGUGAACGUGGACCACGCGCAGGACGCCGCGCGCGCCCACGGCGUCAGCGCCAUGCCCACCUUCAUGUUCUUCAAGGAGGGCCGCCAGGUCGCCGUCAACGGCCAGCCUAUGAUCCGCGGCGCCGACCCCCGAGCCCUCUCGGCUGCCGCUGAGAAGCUGGGCGGGCUGGCUAAAAAGCGUAUGGCCGCCGCGUGAGCGGGGGGUUAUGGGUCGUCGGGGAGGAUUAGAAUGGAAGCGGGCGAUCCGGUGUUGUUGAUUGGUCUAUUUACGGACUCUACGGGAUCUUCCCGAAUGACGAUCAUAAGUGAUCUACAUAAUAACGGCCCUGUGGCCAUUGGUAUGAUAGACGAGCCGCCUGUAUCGGCUCAAGGUAUGAGGAUGUUACCAGGAUGUUACCAGAAUGUCACUCGGUUUCACUUCUGUACUUAGGGGUACUUCAGGUACAUAGGUAGGCACUCAAGCCACCCGUGAUUCAUGACUUUGACAUGUAGACAACGAAUAUGUAAACAACAAACCUAAAGCCAGGUCAUCAUCAGAAUCGCUUGUUCGAAUGGCUUAAUGACCUGCCUUCUCAUCGACUGAUAACACUGAGUAAUUCAAGCGAGCACAGCUAUAGCUUAUCGCUCAUACAGCCAGGACGACUCCCAAUGUGGUAUACACAUCGUUAUGCGCGACGUGGCUGGCGUUGCAUGUAGGUCUUAGGAAUCUUCGCCAAAGAGUAUAGCCAAAUAUACAGCUGUAUAAUGAUAAGAUGUUAUAACA